CACACAGCCGCUCUGUUUAUUCCGUGUGACGACGAUCAUCACAUAGGUAAAUAGAACGGCUGUGUGCGUACUUGGAAGGGGAAAAAACGCCUGCUUGUCGGGGCUUGAAUGCAUAUUAUUGAAACAAAGAAAACUGAUAAAGAAGAAACGAAAAUACACGAAACAUUAGUGAUGAGCCGGAAGGAAGCAUUAUCUCAAUUUAUACAACAAAUUCAUGGGCGACCUGUCGUCGUUAAAUUGAACAGUGGUGUUGACUAUAGAGGUGUGUUGGCUUGUCUCGAUGGUUAUAUGAACAUAGCGCUUGAACAAACAGAAGAAUAUGUAAAUGGACAAUUAAAAGAUAAAUAUGGCGAUGCCUUCAUUCGUGGAAACAAUGUUUUAUACAUUAGCACACAAAAACGUAGAAAUUAACUAUAAGUGAUGAAUGAGGAUUCAAAUAAAAAUUAAAUAUUUACUUAAA